AUGAAUGGGUGGAAAGCGGAGGAAGAGGAAGAGGAGAAGAAGGAGAAAGAAAGGAAGAUGGAAAAGGUAUGGAACCAGGAAAAGCGGCAAUAGGU